AUGGCGGAAGCUGAAGCUAAGGCUGCCUUGACCAAGUUUGUGGCUGUGACCGAUAGGGUCAGUCAGUUCGAAGCUAGGGUCAAUACCCCAACAGACCCACCUCCGUCUGUUCACACUAAUAAGGUCAGGCUUCAGCAGAUACAGGCUCUUUGGGACAAAGUAGAGAAAGAAUACGAGACGUGCUCUGAGGUUAUUUCCGUAUUAAAUUGUCCCGACACGAUGGAAGUCAUGCAAGCCAAGUAUGACUACUGCUACUCUGUCUUUGAGCGAUGCGCUGCAACACUAAACGAAACGAUUGAAAGGGCUUGCGUUCAACCGAUUCAUGAACCGUCCACGCCGGUGUCUCAGCCUAGUGGAUGCCGCGUACCUCCAAUAGACUGUGAGAUUUUCAGUGGCGACUAUGUUCAUUGGCCGACGUUCCGAGACCUUUUUUCCGCCAUCUAUGUCCAAAAUCCGAGGCUUUCCGGCGUUGAAAAGUUGUUCCACCUCAACUCGAAAACGAGCGGAGAAGCAAAGUCUAUUGUGGCGUUAUCACCAUUGACUAACGAAGGGUUUGAGUCCGCAUGGGGAAAUCUGCAGACUCGUUUUGAAAACAAGCGACUGCUCGUCAACAGCCAGCUAAAGAUCCUGUUUAAUCUUCCCACUGUUUCCCAAGAGUGUGGCAAUUCCCUAAAGCACCUGGAGAGCACUGUCCAAGGUUGCUUGACAGCCUUAAAAAUAGCUAAAGUAGACACAACAAAUUGGGACUGCCUUCUCGUCUACCUGUGCUCCUCAAAGCUGCCGAAGCUGACAUUGGCUCUGUGGGAACAGUCCCUCCUCAACCCAUCCGAGAUUCCAGGGUGGGAAGAAUUCAAGAACUUCUUAAAAGGUCGUCAUCGAACCCUGGAGGCAAUUGAAGAAUUUAAGCCUACCUUGAACACUCAAUCCAGAGCUCCACGUUCUGAAGCACGGUUGUCUGUCACCGAAUCUCAACUAGACGGCAUCCUUACCAAGUUCUGGGAGGUGGAGGAUGUUCCAGUGAAGCCGGGCAAGGAAUCCAGCUCGGUGUGUGAAAAUAACUUCCAGCAAACCACCACAAGGGAUAAAGAUGGGAGGAACGAAGCACGGUUGAGUAAAAACGUUCCUUUGAGAGAGCAGUAUGACUCAGUUAUUCAGGAAUAUUUAGAUUUAGGUCAUAUGCACCUAGUCUCUCCAAAAGACGACUCCAGCAAUUUUUACUUGCCGCACCACGCGGUUUUCAAGCCAGACAGCACCACCACAAAGGUUCGCGUGGUGUUUAAUGCCUCCAAUAAAUCGUCAAACGGGUACAGCCUAAAUGAUAUCCUUCAUACAGGUCCGAAUCCUGUAUGCCGCGAUAAAGAGGGAAAACUGUGUGAUUAUGAGCUCAACACGGUCACUUUUGGCGUUAACUGUGCCCCCUUUCUGGCCAUACGCGUGCUCCAACAACUGUCCCAGGAUGUACGUGACCAAUAUCCUUUGGCAAGUGACAUAAUUUCGAACUUUAUGUACGUCGAUGAUGUUUUAGCUGGCGCCCACACGCAGCAGUCCGCUGUUUCAGCCAUCAAAGAGCUCUGCGGUGCCCUCGAGAGUGCGGGUUUUCCACUGCGCAAGUGGACCUCGAACGAGAAGAAACUUUUACAAGGUAUUCCAAAGGAGGACUUGAUCAGGGCCGACUUUCUGGAGCUGGAAGACGCCAGUAUGGCAAAAACUCUGGGAAUCCGUUGGCACGCGACAUCGGAUAGUUUCUUUUUUUUGCCGAUGGAUAUUUCUCUCCAAACAACCUACACCAAACGAGAGGUUUUAUCCCAGAUAGCCAAACUGUUUGACCCAGCAGGUUGGUUAUCGCCAGUUAUUGUUCGGGCAAAAAUUUUCAUGCAAGAAAUUUGGCUUCGGGAGUUAAGCUGGGACCAGCCUCUUCCGGUUGAUCUUGUCACAAAGUGGCGUGACUUUCUUAAGGGAUAUCCAACAUUAAAAGAAGUUCGCAUUCCAAGAUGGGUAAAAUUUCAUCCAGACGCAAAGCUGCAGUACCACGGGUUUUGCGAUGCAUCGCAGAGCGCCUAUGGUGCUGCCAUCUUCGUUCGCGUCGAAACGAGUGAUGGCUUUUUUACCCAAUUGCUUGUAUCCAAAACCCGAGUAGCUCCAGUAAAGUCCCUUUCCAUACCGCGAUUAGAGCUGUGCGGUGCGGUGCUUCUCUCCGAACUCGCUGCAGCAGUUCUCUCCGAAAUGCCUCCUACUCAGUAUGAGACAUAUUAUUGGACAGACUCCACGAUAGUGCUUGCAUGGCUAAGCAAGCCAGCAUGCACUUGGACUACGUUCGUUGCCAACAGAGUCGCGAAAGUUCACCAGCUCACCAACAGAGAACAGUGGUUUCAUGUGAUAUCGGAAGAUAACCCAGCUGACCUGGCGAGCAGGGGCGUCUCAGUCCAUGAGCUCAGGGACAGCAACCUCUGGUGGCACGGUCCUGAGUGGCUGCGUCACAACCGGGAGCAGUGGCCACUCAAUUCGUCGGUUCCGCUUGAAACAGAGCUCGAACAACGCCCGAUAAGAUGUAACGUCGCCAAAGCGCCUCCGAAAACUGACCUUUUGGAGCGGUUUUUAGCAUUCGAGAGGGCUUUACGCAUUCUCGCGUACGUAUUCCGGUUUGCAAGACUGUGUCGCAAACAAGAUGUCAACGUAAAGUCGGAACUCACAGCUGCAGAGCUGUCUAACGUCCAAGAGAGGCUGAUUGUGCUCACCCAACUCAAUGAGUAUCCAACAGAAUGCAAGGCAUUAGGCAAAAAGCAGCAUAUUCCAGUCUCCAGCACGAUCUCCAAUUUAAACCCCUUUGUCGACAGCCAUGGUGUCUUAAGAGCAAGCGGUCGUCUACGAGCAUCUGAGAUGCUAAGCUAUGAUGAGAAACAUCCAAUCAUCAUUCCGGCAAGGUGCACUUUUGCCAAACUUUUGGUCCUCUUUACCCAUCGCAUAUCCUUGCAUGGGGGUAAUCAAUUGAUGAUCCGACUUAUUCGCUCCAAGUAUUGGAUACCCCAGCUGAGAAAUCUGGUAAAAGUCACCAUUCAUGCCUGUCGGGUGUGCACCAUUCACAAACAGAAGCUGCAAACUCAGCUGAUGGGGGACUUGCCCUGCGCAAGAUCUACAUUUUCCAGAGCUUUUACCCACACGGGCGUUGACUUUGCGGGACCAUUUGAUAUUAAAAACUAUGUCGGUCGAGGGUGCAAGAUAACAAAAGGGUAUGUUUGCGUUUUUGUGUGUUUCAGUACCCGAGCCAUCCACCUAGAAGCUACAUCAGACUUGACGACUGAAAAGUUUCUGGCGGCCUUCUCGCGUUUCUCCGCACGACGUGGCUGUCCGCAACACAUACAUUCUGACAACGGGAAAACGUUUGUGGGAGCCUCCACGUCCCUAUCCAAGGACUUCAUUGAAGCCACGAGGUCUUUGAUCCUAUCCAAUUACAGCCUUCAAAAUGUGACCUGGCACUUUAACCCUCCUGCCGCCCCUCAUAUGGGAGGGCUAUGGGAGGCCGGUGUCAAAAGCUUUAAGGCACACUUCUACAAGCAUACGGCGGGCGGGAAGUACACAUUUGAAGAGUUAGCCACCCUCCUAUCGAAAAUUGAGGCCUGUUUAAAUUCGAGGCCUAUUUCUCCAAUGUCCGAAGACCCCACGGACCUCGUAGCUCUCAGCCCCGGACAUUUCCUAGUCGGUGGGCCACUCCUUUCCGUGGCGGAACCCGAGAUUAAGGAAAACCCCAUUUCCAUUUUAAACCGAUGGCGGCGGCUAAAGGCCCUGCAUCAGCAAUUUUGCUCACGUUGGAAAGAAGAGUACCUAAAGGAGCUCCAUAAAAGGACUAAAUGGCAAUUUCCAACGCGAAAUAUUCAGACAGGGGACAUGGUUGUGCUAAAAGAGGAGAAUUUACCGCCAAAUGAAUGGCGGCUUGGGCGUAUCCAACUGGUGUGCCCAGGCGCGGAUGGCAAGACCCGAGUGGCAGAGGUUCUAACCGCACGUGGCAUUAUCCGACGACCAAUCGCAAAGAUGAUCCGCCUUCCGAUGGAGGCCUCCAGCUCCGAGUGA